AUGCCGGCUCUUCCUGGAGGAGUCUCACCCCAUCGUCGCGUCGGGGUUGCCCGUCUUCCCUUCCCCUUCUCCUUAUUCACGGUGAUUAUGAGUGGAAGCAGCUCCCCGGACUACAAGGCGCUUUUCCUCAAGGAAGCUUCGCUGAGACGGCAGGCGGAGGAAGAACGGAAGCAGGCGGAGGAACGGGAGAGGCAGGCUGAGGAACGAGAGAGGCAGGCAGAGGAACAGGCAAGGCAAGAGAGGGAACACAACUGA